CGUAAAUCACACCCCCAGACCUUUUCACGAUUUGCUUUCUGCCUCUUACUUAUAAGCCACUUUUGUGGAGUAUUUUCAGGGGCAAGACGAGGUGAGAAGGAAGCUCUCAGGGAGAGUCAGAGAUUAAAAGGAGAAAACGCCGCCCCUUGGGGAUCUGGGGCGUGGCGGGCAGCAUAGGGGAGGAAUGGCUCCUGGGGCCCCUGCGCCGCCUCCAAAGCGAGGGCGUCCCAAGCCGGGUCACCGCGAGUCCUGCAGAGGACAGGACACUUAGGGCGCAUCCAGCCCGGCCUCCCCGCCGAGUUUCCACCUCUGUCCCGCAUCUCAGCGUCACCACACCCCGGCCGGCGGUGAAGCUCGGAGAUGAGCCCAUUCCUGGAUGUGAAAGCUGAACUUGGGCGGCAGCGGCGAUCUGCGGGGUCCACAGCAGAGCACGCGGGGAUGCGGGGCAUCUUCUGGGCGCGCCCUGCCGGGGCUGCUCUAGGAAGAGGACGGCGAGCGGGGCGCGGGGCCGAGAACUCGGCGGCAGUGCGGCCCCACUGGCGUUGCCAGGCGCGCGGUUGCCGGGUGACCCCGGGCUGUUUACCGUCCGGCCGAGAGCGCCCGAGCGCGGGGGCUCGCCGCACCCACCAUGGCCUCUCGCAGCGCAGGCACCCUCCCGACCGAGUUCAAUGCCGCCUACGUGCCCCUCGGCCUCGUGCCCGGGUACCAAGGCCAUGUUCCCAGUGUGGCCUUCUCCCUCGGCUCCCCCUAUAGCGCCACCACCCUCAAGUACUUCCAGGACCACCGCAAUGCAGCCCUGGAGAAGAGCUACACUCCCUUCAGCAAAGGCGGCCACUUUCCGACCAUCUUCUCCCCAAACCCCAGCUUCGUGCUGAGUAACUGCUCCAACACCCGGGACCACUGGCUGCGCGCCCCCAGCUACACCCGCUUCAACCUGGACAGUGACCGCUCCUCUGAACUCAAGUGGUUCUACCAGAUGGCACAGCAGCAUCGGAAGUACUAUCGAGACAAGACAGGCAUGGUGCCCCGGGUCCCCUACUUCGUGCUGCCUGUGAGGGAAUGGGAACGGUACCCCCUCCCCACCGACCUGCCUCCUCUGACCCCGAAGAAGAAGUGGCACCUUUUAAGAGUCUCCCCUGACAACCUGAAGACCUACCAGACGUUCCCAUCCGGGAAGAGGGUCUCCCCACAGGAGCGGCAGAAGAGAGACUGCUACUUUGAGUUCAGAGCGUGAUGCCAGGGAGCCACUGGGCCUGACCGGGUUGGCUUUUGGAAUAAAAUCUUUAGCCAUGACCAUCCCCCAUUCCUCUCCUCUGAGCCCCAGGAGUAUUUGGCACAGUAGGACAGCUCUUGAGGGUCACAGAGCACUGUGUCUUAAGAGCUGUGGAAAGCUCAGUGCAGAGGGUUCAAUGCAGGAAAAAGCAUGCCCAGUGACCUGGUGGACACCUCUCCUCCAAGGGGGAGGCGGGUAGAACUGAGGACUGAGUCUUGGUGGCAGGUCGCUCAUGUACAGAGGUACUUCCCAUCUGCUCCCACUGGUCCCAUUCUCAUUCUGAGAAUGAGGAUGAAGUCACCCCAGAACAACUGCACUGGGUGUCAGAUGCAAAGGAAUUCCUGUGUGAGGCCCGCCCCAGCAUCAUUUUGUCGACACGGUGACCUGUGAGGGAGGUGGCGUUAUCCCCACUUUACUGAUAAAGACACUGAGGCUCAGAGAGGUUGAGAAAGUUGCCCAAGUUCACGUAGCUUAAGUGACACAGCCAGGAUUUGAGCCCAGGUCUUUCUGACUCUCAAGCCCUUUUCACUGCACAUCCUGCUUGUGGUCCACGUGGAGGCGGAGGGGCAGGGAUGACGCAGCCCUUGGAUUCCAGAGGACGCUGUGGAGCUUGAGAGAAGAAACUCUGUAAAGCAGCCGUGUUCUGCAUUCUGCCCAGACUGGCAUGGACAGGCUGAUUUGGCAUCUGCCCCCGGGGCUGUUUCUAGAAGGGGACGGGAGAGAGUGACCUAGAACAAAGCCACUCUUCAAGGAACCUCGGUUUCAGGAGCCUCUAGGCCAGAAGGGGACCCUGCGAAAGGGUUCCCAGGUCACAGGCCUGAGGUGGCCUGAGAGGUCCAGUGUCUGGAGGGUCUGCUCUCACCAGGCUGCUGCUUCCUAUCUCCUGGGAGGCCACCUGCCUGCAGGGGACAGGCUGUGGGUGACAGCCCCUCAGUUUACAGGAACUGCGAUGGGGACCUCAGGCCAGGUGUGUAUCCACACCAUACCACAGGAGUUCUCCAACAUUCCAGCACCUCCUGGAUUUGAUCAAGGGACUCUGUCAAUCAACAGGGCCUUUAUUCCCCCCCAAUGGGUGAGUCUGGACCUAAAGGCAAGGCGACUGCUGUAGGUUCAAGUACACAAGAGGGUGAAACAGCCCUUCCCUUGGGAGCCAGUGUUUAGACACCUCCCCCGAGGACAGUGUAAACAAGAAAAACCGUGUGCCCCUCAGAUAGGCAUCUGACAGCUCUCAGAGACCCCUGUAAGGGGCUGUUCCUGUGUCCCAGAGUCCCUGAGCAGCUGGGCCCUAAACGGUCCCUGUGGUGGCCAAAUUCAUUCCAGGACUUGGCUGAAUGGCAAAGCAAAUAAACUGAUUGCUGUUCACACGCUGUUGCAUCCCAAGGGCCCACGGGUGUCAAGUGGGGCCAAGAUGUCCUCUCCCUCAAUGAGGACUGGGAAGCCGGGCACCAACUGGAAUGACUGCUACAUGCACAUCUCUGUACAGCCUGCACCGGGAGAUGCAAGGAGAGAUGCUGGGGUGGGGGGCGCUCCAGCAAAGGGAGGGAAGGACGCGUAUUUUCUUGGUGAACUGCAUCGCAUUUGGUCUGGUCCCUGCUGUGACAUGAGGUUGGAUUUGAACCCUGCCCUCAAAAAAACUGGCCACCCCAGCUUGCUGAGUGUCAUCAGCAAACCUAAGCCCUGGAGUGAGCAGUUGUUAAUAAAAAGUA